AUGAAAAACAUAUACGCACACGGGAAGUCCCUCAGAGAAAACUACAAAAGCAACCACAAGCGAAGCCUGGAAGAGAAAGACGCCUUCUUUUCAGAGCAAGCGAGAGCGCUCUUGAGCUUCUCCAAGGACUUUUCCAAGGCGAGUUUCACAGACACUGAGCGUGCUGAAAUCCGGUGGUUUGAGGACGGGGAAAUAAAUGCCUGCUACAACGCAGUGGACAGGCACGCCGAAUCUACGCCCGAUAAAGUCGCGAUCAUCCACGAGGACGAUUCAGAGACACUCACAAAAAUCACGUACGCAGACCUCCUCGAAAGAGUCCUUGUUUUUGCGAACUAUCUCUCGCAGAACGGCCUGAAAACAGGGGACACCGUCUGCAUAUACAUGCCCAUGGAGCCAAACGCCCUCGUGGCAGCACUCGCAUGCGCCAGGCUCGGGCUCCCACACACCGUCGUCUUCGGAGGGUUCAGCGCGGAGAGUCUUGCCCUGCGAAUGGAGGACUCUGACGCCGUUUGGCUCAUCACAGCAGACACCGCAAAGAGGGCCGGAAAAACAAUCGACUACAUCACGAACGUCUCGGACGCGAUGCAAAUUCUCAGCGCAGGAGAGAACAAAGCCCUUAGGGGAAUGCUCAUCUGCAACAGGGAAGAGAUGCCUGCGGAUAAGAUUACGCAGCUCGCAGCCUUUGUUCAGAACGUGCACACGUUUUCCUCCCUCCAGAAAAAUUCAGGCUUUAUCCCGUGCGUGCCCGUGCCCUCUGAGAGCGUGCUCUUUCACUUGUACACGAGCGGAAGCACAGGAAGGCCGAAGGGGCUUUCCCACAGCACGGCCGGGUAUUUGCUGUACGCUGCCCUUACGACGCUCGUGUGCUUUGACGUGCAGGAGAACGACGUCUUUUUUUGCACCGCAGAGCUUGGGUGGAUCACAGGGCACUCGUACGUGAUGUACGGGCCGCUCACACUCGGAAUUACGACAGUCGUUUUUAGCGGAGUCCCCACGCACCCGGACCCGCUCAGACUCUUCCGGGCCGUGGAGAGAGUCAAGGCCACGCAUUUGUACACAGCCCCCACGGUCGUGCGUCUCCUGCAGAAGUCGCUUCCGGACUUUUUGGUGCGCCCGUACGACGCAAGCGAGUCCCGGGACGACCUUACGCCCGCAGUGGAUCACGUUCCAAAUUCCCCCGUGAGCUCGCGCUCCAUUUUCUCAACGGGGGGGAACGACAAUUUCAAGCGGGAGAGGUACUUCAGAGAGUACGCUCCGGGGACGGAGUACGACCGCCUGGACUUGUCGUCCCUGCGCGUCCUUGGGUCCGUCGGAGAGCCCAUAAACAAGGGCGCGUACGUUUGGUUUAGCAUGUACUUCGGAGACGGAAAGCUCCCAGUUGUGGACACGUAUUGGCAGACGGAGGCGGGAGGGGUCAUGCUUUGCCCCGUCAUUGGAGUCUCGGAGUACAGGCCGGAGAGCGCGUCUUUCCCGUUCUUUGGGAUGUGCCCGAAAAUAUGCAGGAAAGAGAGCACGGAGGUCGAGGAAGUCCCUGCAGGGGAGAUGGGCGUGCUUUUGUUUUGCGGGUUCUGGCCGGGGAUUGCACGCACGAUCGUAAAGAACCACGAAAGGUUUAAGAGCGCAUACCUCCAGUACGAGGGACACUUUUACACGGGAGAUGAGGCGGUCGUUGACCAGAGCGGAUACUUUUGGAUACGCGGAAGAAUCGAUGACGUCAUUAACGUCUCUGGGCACAGGCUUAGCACCGCGGAGAUAGAGAGUGCAGUUUGCUCGAUCGAGGGCAUUUCAGAGGCGGCAGCGCUCGGAGAGGAGGACGAAGUCACGGGGCAGGGAGUGACUAUUUUUGUUGUGAAGGCACAGGACGUGCCAGAUGAGGUCAUUUUCCCGCAGAUCCGGCAGGUGCUCAGGAAGAAGAUCGGGCCUGUCGUGGCCCCGAAGAGAAUGUUUGCGUGCCCAGAGCUGCCAAAGACAAGCACCGGAAAGAUGAUGCGGAGAGUCCUCAGGAAAAUACUCGAGGGAGAGGACGUGGGCGACAUAAGCACGUGCAUAAACCCUGGCUCAAUAGAGCACGCACAGCAGGAGGUGAGCUCCCUGAAGACGCCGCUCCAGUAG